AUGUUGCUGGUGCUAAUUGUCCAAGCUGCUGAUGAGAUCGAUGCCGCCAACAAAAUUGAUGCUGCCAACAAAAUCAAAAUUAAUGCCGCCAACGAAAUUGAGGCUGCCAACGAAAUUGAUACCACUAACAAUUAUAAAGCCCCAAGUGACAAUGAAGCACCAAAUGAAAGUGAAGCCCCAAGUGACAAUGGAGCUGCAAAUUGCCGAAAAGUUGCUCCAAUUUUCAGUAAUUUUUCCUGUGCAAGUUUCUAUAUUCAGCAAUCUGAUUCGCAAAUAUCGCUUGUAAAUUUCCUUGGUAAUCUUGAA